GGCCGCUCCCGCCCGCCCCGCUGCCUCCUGCCAAACUGUUAGCCUGAGUGUUACCGUCAGGAGCAAUGACAUCAGGGUUUUAAAACAACUUGUUAUUCGGGGAGUAAUCAGUUGCAAUUAGGCAUUAAUUAAGUAUUAUGAAAGUUGAUUAUUUAAGUGAAUUCGGCUUUCGACUCUCCGACUAUGAGUUUGGGACCAAGGAGAGGAGAAUGGAUCUUGGAACAGCUGAAGGCACCCGGUGCACUGACCCGCCUGCAGGCAAGCCCGCAAUGGCGGCCAAGCGCAAAGGCGGCUUGAAGCUCAACGCCAUCUGCGCCAAGCUGAGCCGCCAGGUGGUGGUGGAGAAGGGAGCGGAGGCCAGCUCCCAGGCUGAGGGCAGCCCUCUGCGGCCCCGGGACAAAGAGCGCAGCGGCCCUGAGGCUGGGGUGGCCCGCGCGCCCCGCAGUGAAGAAGACAAGAGGCGGGCGGUGAUUGAGAAGUGGGUCAACGGGGAGUACAGCGAAGAGCCAGCGCCCACCCCCCUGCUGGGGCGGAUGGCCCGCGAGGGCCUGGAGCUGCCGCCCGAGGGUGUCUACAUGGUCCAGCCCCGGGGCUGCAGUGACGAGGAAGACCACGCAGAAGAGGCCCCGAAGGACGGUGGCGUCCUGGAGGAGAAGGACGCGGAGGGGGCAGUCUCCAAGGAUGAUAGCGGCCCCAGCACCAAGCAGCCUUCAGGAGAGGCCUCUUCACUGCGAGACUACGCGGCCUCCACCAUGACCGAGUUCCUGGGCAUGUUUGGCUAUGACGACCAGAACACAAGGGACGAGCUGGCCAGGAAGAUCAGCUUCGAGAAGCUGCACGCGGGCUCCACCCCUGAGGCCGCCACCUCCUCCAUGCUGCCCACCUCCGAGGAGACCCUCAGCAAGCGGGCACGUUUCUCCAAGUACGAGGAGUACAUUCGCAAGCUCAAGGCCGGCGAGCAACUCUCGUGGCCAGCCCACGGCGCCAAGGCUGAGGAACGGGCGGGCAAGGAGGUGGUGGGCCCACUGCCCGGCCUGCGGCUGCCCAGCAACACCGCACACCUGGAGACCAAGGCCACCAUCCUGCCCCUGCCAUCCCACAGCAGUGUCCAGAUGCAGAGCCUGGUGGCCCGGGCCUCUAAGUACGACUUCUUCAUCCAAAAACUGAAGACAGGCGAGAACCUGCGGCCCCAGAAUGGGAGCACUUACAAGAAGCCAUCCAAGUACGACCUGGAGAACGUCAAGUACCUGCACCUGUUCAAACCAGGAGAGGGCAGCCCUGACAUGGGCGGGGCCAUCGCCUUCAAGACAGGCAAGGUGGGGCGCCCUUCCAAGUACGACGUCCGGGGCAUCCAGAAGCCGGGCCCCGCCAAGGUCCCGCCUACCCCCAGCCUGGCUCCUGCACCCCUGGCCAGUGGGCCCAGCACUCCCAGUGCCCCUGGCCCGGGGCCUGAGCCACCUGCCUCCCUGUCCUUCAACACUCCUGAGUACCUGAAGUCAACCUUCUCCAAAACAGACUCCAUCACCACGGGGACCGUCUCCACUGUCAAGAACGGACUGCCCACAGAUAAACCAGCUGUCACUGAAGAUGUAAACAUUUACCAGAAAUAUAUUGCCAGGUUCUCGGGCAGUCAGCACUGUGGCCACAUCCACUGCGCCUACCAGUACCGCGAGCACUACCACUGCCUUGACCCCGAGUGCAACUACCAGAGGUUCACGAGCAAGCAGGACGUGAUCCGGCACUACAACAUGCACAAGAAGCGGGACAACUCCCUGCAGCACGGCUUCAUGCGCUUCAGCCCGCUGGACGACUGCAGCGUCUACUACCACGGCUGCCACCUGAACGGAAAGAGCACCCACUACCACUGCAUGCAGGUGGGCUGUAACAAGGUGUACACCAGCACCUCAGACGUGAUGACCCACGAGAACUUCCACAAGAAGAACACCCAGCUCAUCAACGACGGCUUCCAGCGCUUCCGAGCCACCGAGGACUGUGGCUCAGCCGAUUGCCAGUUCUACGGGCAGAAGACCACACACUUCCACUGCAGGCGCCCCGGCUGUACUUUCACCUUCAAGAACAAGUGUGACAUCGAGAAGCACAAGAGCUACCACAUCAAGGACGAUGCCUACGCUAAGGACGGCUUCAAGAAGUUCUACAAGUACGAGGAGUGCAAGUACGAGGGCUGCAUGUACAGCAAGGCCACCAACCACUUCCACUGCAUCCGCGCCGGCUGCGGCUUCACCUUCACCUCCACCAGCCAGAUGACCUCGCACAAGCGCAAGCAUGAGCGCCGGCACAUCCGCUCCUCGGGCGUGCUGGGGCUGCCGCCCUCGCUGCUGGGCGCCAAGGACACGGAGCACGAGGAGUCCAGCAACGACGACCUGGUGGACUUUUCUGCCCUGAGCAGCAAGAACUCCAGCCUCAGCGCCUCCCCCACCAGCCAGCAGCCCGCCGCGCCCCUGGCCUCCGCGGCCGAGGCUGCGCCCGGCGCCACCAAGCCUCCCAACAGCAAGAUCUCGGGGCUGCUGCCCCAGGGCUUGCCUGGCUCCAUCCCCCUGGCCCUGGCCCUCUCCAACUCUGGCCUGCCCUCCGCAGCGCCCUACUUCCCUCUCCUGCCUGGCCGUGGCAGUGCCUCCCUGCCCGCCAGUGCUCCUGGCCUCCUGGGUGCCAUGUCGUCGGGGGCCGCAGCCUCGGCCGCCCCUGACACACCUGCUCUGGUGGCCUCCGGAGCUGCAGACUCGGCCCCGGGGGCUGCCAGCUCUGUCCCAGUGCCCCCGGCCUCCAUCAUGGAGAGGAUCUCUGCGAGCAAGGGCCUCAUCUCACCCAUGAUGGCCAGACUGGCUGCGGCCGCCCUCAAGCCCUCUGCCACCUUUGACCCAGGAAGCGGGCAGCAGGCCGCCCCCGCCAGGUUCCCCCCAGCCCAGGUGAAGCAGGAGCCCGGUGAGAACCCCGGCGCCCUGGGCCCCCACGAGGCCUCCCAGGACCGCAGUCGAGACCUGGCUGUGAAGGAGCCCAGUAAUGAAUCAAAUGGCCACGCAGUCCCGGCAAAUUCAUCUCUUUUAUCCUCGCUUAUGAAUAAGAUGUCUCAGGGCAACCCCGGCCUCGGCAGCCUGUUGAACAUCAAGACGGAAGCGGAGGGCAGCCCCGCGGCGGAGCCCUCGCCCUUCCUGGGCAAGGCCGUGAAGGCCCUGGCGCAGGAGAAGCUGUCAGAGCCCUGGAAGGUGUACCUGCGCAGGUUUGGUACCAAGGACUUCUGCGACGCCCAGUGCGACUUCCUCCACAAGGCUCACUUCCACUGCGUGGUGGAGGAGUGCGGCGCUCUCUUCAGCACCCUGGACGGGGCUAUCAAGCAUGCGAACUUCCACUUCCGGACAGAGGGAGGAGCAGCAAAGGGCAACGCGGAGGCCCCCUUCCCGGCCUCAGCUGCUGAGACCAAACCUCCCUUGGCCCCUUCGCCCCCUCCGGCACCUCCGGUCAGCACGGCCCCGGUGUCCUCCCUGGAGGGGCCCGCUCCCAGCCCGGCCUCGGUGCCCUCCACCCCCACCCUGCUUGCCUGGAAGCAGCUGGCUUCCACCAUACCCCAGAUGCCUCAGAUUCCAGCGUCAGUGCCUCACCUGCCCGCGUCGCCCUUGGCAACGACUUCUCUAGAGAACGCCAAGCCCCAGGUCAAACCCGGAUUCCUCCAGUUCCAGGAGAACGAUCCGUGCCUUGCCACCGACUGCAAGUACGCCAACAAGUUCCACUUCCACUGUCUCUUUGGGAACUGCAAGUACGUGUGUAAGACCUCCGGCAAGGCCGAAUCCCACUGCCUCGACCACAUCAACCCCAACAACAACCUAGUGAACGUGCGAGACCAGUUUGCUUACUACUCCCUGCAGUGUCUCUGCCCCAACCAGCACUGCGAGUUCCGGAUGCGCGGGCACUACCACUGCCUGCGGACGGGCUGCUACUUUGUGACCAACAUCACCACCAAGCUGCCCUGGCACAUCAAGAAGCACGAGAAAGCCGAGCGGCGGGCAGCCAACGGGUUCAAAUACUUCACCAAGCGGGAGGAGUGCGGCCGGCUAGGCUGCAAGUACAACCAGGUCAACAGUCACUUCCACUGCAUCCGGGAGGGCUGCCAGUUCUCCUUCCUCCUCAAGCACCAGAUGACCUCGCACGCCCGGAAGCACAUGCGCAGGAUGCUGGGGAAGAACUUCGACCGCGUGCCCCCCUCGCAGGGCCCCCCAAGCCUGCUGGACACUGAGACGGAUGAGUACAUGGAGUACACCGGCUGCAGCCCGGGCGCCAUGUCCUCCGAGUCGUCCACCAUGGAUCGGAGCUGCUCCAGUACCCCCGUGGGCAACGAGAGUACCGCGGCAGGGAACACCAUCUCCAUGCCGGCCGCCUCGGGCGCCAAGAAGCGGUUCUGGAUCAUCGAGGACAUGUCGCCCUUCGGCAAGCGGCGGAAGACGGCGGCCUCGCGCAAGAUGCUGGACGAGGGCAUGAUGCUGGACGGCUUCCGGCGCUUCGACCUGUACGAGGACUGCAAGGACGCGGCCUGCCAGUUCUCGCUCAAGGUCACCCACUACCACUGCACGCGCGAGAACUGCGGCUACAAGUUCUGCGGGCGCACGCACAUGUACAAGCACGCGCAGCACCACGACCGCGUGGACAACCUGGUGCUGGACGACUUCAAGCGCUUCAAGGCGUCGCUGCGCUGCCACUUCGCCGACUGCCCGUUCUCGGGCAGCAGCACGCACUUCCACUGCCUGCGCUGCCGCUUCCGCUGCACCGACAGCACCAAGGUCACGGCGCACCGCAAGCACCACGGCAAGCAGGACGUGAUCAGCGCCGCCGGCUUCCGCCAGUUCAGCUCGAGCGCCGACUGCGCCGCGGCCGAGUGCAAGUACAAGCUCAAGUGCUCGCACUUCCACUGCACCUUCCCCGGCUGCCGCCACACCGUGGUGGGCAUGUCGCAGAUGGACUCGCACAAGCGCCGGCACGACAAGCAGGAGCGCGGCGAGCCCGGCGCCGACGGCCCCGCGCCCGGCGCGCCCGGCGGCCUGGACGGCGCGCUCUCGCUGGCCGCCGAGCCGGGCUCGCUGCUCUUCCUGCAGACGGCGGCCGCCGGCCUGGGGCUGGCGCUGGGCGACGCGGGCGACCCCGGCCCGGCCGCCGCCGCCCCCGGCCCCGCCGCCCCCGGCCCCGCCGCCGCCCCGGGCCCCGCCGCCGCCCCCGGCCCCGCCGCCGGCCCCGGCCCCGGGGAGUCCUCGCAGGAGGACGAGGAGGAGGAGCUGGCGCUGCCCGAGGAGGAGGCCGAGGACGACGACGACGACGACGAGGACGACGACGACGACGACGACGAGGACGACGACGAUGAGGACGAGGACGACGAGGAGCUGCGCACCGACUCGGAGGAGUCGCUGCCGGAGGCGGGGGCCGGGCCGGGGGCCGGGGCCGGGGCCGGGGCCGGGGCGGGCGCGCGGACCCCGGCGCUCGCGGCCCUGGGCGGCCCCGGCCCCGCGCCCCCCGCCGCCGCCGCCGCCGCCGCCUCCUCGCCCUAGCGGCGCCCCCCGCCCCGGCCGGGCCGCGCGUGCCCCCAGGCCCGGCUCGGGCUCCUGCCUCCUGCUCCUCCCGUUGUCACUGAUUUUUUAGAGAAAUGCUAUUUAUACGGAAGCUUCCUCUGUGCAGAUCCGCGUGCGCCCGGCCGCCCCGCCGGUGCUUCCGGACCCCGAGUCCGCUCAGGACAGAGGCGGGGACGCUCCGGUGCUGCGGGGGGACGCGGGCUGCCCGCCGGCCCCGCCCUGGCUGGAGCCCGGGGGUCUUCUUCAGGGAAACAGAAGGUGCUCUCGUCCGGGGAGGGCUGGGGGCGCGCCCGCGGGGUCCUCCUCGCUCAGGGCUGGGACGGCGCGUGGCGGGCGGGCACCUGCAGCCCCCUCCCCGCACCCCGCGCGGCCUCCCCUCCCCCGCCCGGGGCGCGGACCCCCGGGAUCUCUCCUGGACGCAGCGGCGAGCCCAGCUCGGCGCCGCCAGGCCCCGGCCUCCGCCCCAGGGACCCGCGCGGGGCCGCGUGCGGCCGGACAGGACGCGCCUGCUGGGCGUCAGCGCCGCGGGGGGACACACACACCCCAGAAAGCUGUACAGUAUUUUUCCUGCAAAGGUUAUUAUUCUACGUAGAACAAAAAGGAAAAAUCUCUAUGUGACGAGCAGAGGGGCGAGCGCGGCCGGCCAGGCCUGCGGCCGGAGGGCGCCGAGGCCCCGCCCCCAGGCCUUAGCCCCGGGCGGCGUCCACGCCCGCGGACCGGCUGCGGGGCCGCCUUCUCACUUGAAUUUUCUAGACGAGACAAGGACUUCUGCUGAUGCAAGCGCGUAGCUCAUUUACCAGGGCGCUUUCUCUUGGUUAUGCGUGUGGCUUUAUAGGGCUUUUUUUUCCUCUCCCAGUUUGUUUUAUUAUUGUUUUGGGGACGCUUCUCCGUUCCCGCAGCCCCUCCGCCGGGGGUCCCUUCCCUGGACACGCCCCCUCGCCGGAGGCCCACCAGCCAAUCAGGCUAGGCCUGGGUGGGGGUCCCCGGCACAGGCCCACCCGGGCGGGGUGGGGCGUUCACUUUCUUUUCUGUUUGUCCUCGGCUGCCCAAGGCCAGAGAGCCAGGACCCGGCGCGGGCGGGGCGGCCAGACCAGGGCGCCCGCUCCACGCGGCCCCACGCCGCGCCCUGCGGGGCCCUGGAGCUGGCCGCCCCGCGCGCGCGGACCCUGCCUCUGCGGAAGGAGCUCUGUCAAGGAAAAAAAAAAACCCACCAACAUCUUUCAAUGUAGCAAAAUCAGAGGCAAAGCGCGGCGGCGAGCCCGGCCUUUCGUGUUGCACAUAGGACUACAAGCCAUUGCUAGCUCAUCUUGAAUUUUAACGUGUAGGUUUGUUUCCUUUCCGUGGGAAAACGAUGCUUGAUCCACCGACGCUCUUUUUAAUGUUUUAUAACUAUGUAUGUGUAUAUGUAUAAAUAUAAAGUACCAUGUCUGCACAGCCGUGUGUAUAUAUCUAUAUGUAUAUACAUAUAUAGAGAUGUGCAGAGGGGCUGAGACAGCGCGGGCGUGGAAGCGGGCAGCGUGCUCUGAUUACUUGAAUCUGGUCUCCUCGGCACCUGGUUAUUAAGAACUGAAUAUUUUUCCACUUGAAUUUAGUGCUAUUAGAAAUUUAAUAUAUGUGUUUUAUUUAUUUGAUUUUUUUUGCAUGACUGAUGCAAGGUUUGACAUUUUCACUCAAUAAAAACUGGAAAAAAAAUCUA